UCUCCCUUUUUAUACGCUCCGAGUUUUAUUCUUCACAUUUCUUUUUUAGAUCCAUGUAGAUCCAUCUGCGAUAUAAUUCAAAAUGUCGUGCCAAGAAAUCUUGUCGGAAUUGGAAGCUAAACAGCGAAUUAUUGACAGGAAUCCCUUUAAAAUGUUGAAAAUUGCUGAUGCACAAAUACUGGACACUAUCGAGGGUCGAGAAAUGUGCGAAACGUGUAAAAAGUCGAGGAAAUUCUUCUGCUAUACUUGUUGCGCUCCUGUCAUCGAUCAAAAGUAUAUUCCUCGGGUGAAGCUACCUAUUAAAAUUGACAUCAUCAAACAUGCCCGGGAAAUAGACGGUAAAAGUACAGCAAUCCAUGCAGCCGUGCUCGCUCCGGAAGAUGUCAGAAUUUAUACGUAUCCUGAUUUUCCAAAGUUUUCAGAAGACGAAAGGAUUGUACUCAUCUUCCCUAGUGAAACGGCUCGGAGUAUCGAUAGUCUCUUCCCAGCUGAAGUCGUUACAGCAAAUGGAAUAUCACAUCAAAAAAUUAACAAUGAACUCCCUGUAACCAAAGCAGUAUUCAUCGAUAGCACUUGGCAUCAAACAAAGUCCAUUUACAAGGAUCCAAGAUUAAGAGAUUUGAAGUGCAUCAUCCUGAAGUCUCGGAUAUCUCAAUUUUGGAGGCAUCAGAAAAAAAGUCCAAGAUGGUAUUUAGCGACAAUAGAAGCUAUACAUCAAUUUUUGGUCGAGCUCCACACAUGUGCAUUUGGUAUCGUCGACAAUUAUGUUACUUUGGAAGAUUCAGCAAAUCAAAACCUUGCGGUAUCAAAAUGUACCGAAGACAAUCAACAAAAGUACUGCGGGCAGUACGACAACUUACUGUACUUUUUUAAGUAUAUGUAUGAUAAGAUACAUAUUAUCUAUGACCACGAUAAACUAUGGGCAUACAAGAGGCCAUUAAUAUAAUGUGAUGAAUGGAGUAUUAGUUUAAUUUUUCAGUCCAAUGGCUGAAAAAAAUAAUUGUUUUCAAGCUUACAAGAUUAUUUCCUUAGCUCAAUUUUGUUAAGUAAACUACUUAUUAAUAUUUUACAAUGACGUUCGUAAAUUUUGUAUUGACUAUUUAAAUUUUUUUCUGUUUUACGAUAAAAGACCACUGCCAGAUGUAAGUUACUGACAAAACUGUGAAGUAAAUUCAAUAAAAUUUCGCUAGG